GAUGUGUGAAGUUAGUUAGCCGGAGUUAGUUCUCGCCGAGAGUUUCGACUGGAAGGUCUCUGGCACUAAUAAGUCUUUAAAUAUGUAUCCAAAUUGGCUCGUUCUGCUCCACUUGCCGCUGGUUUGUUUGGGAGUUGUUUCGCAAACAUUUGCACAGCCGCUGACAAAGCACCACAACACCGGCAUCCUGAGCAUCAAUCGGGCGGAGGGACAGAAGAUUGAGGAAGCCGCGCUCCUGCAGCAUCUGCAACAAAUCACGGGCAGCGAAGCGUUGGCGCCAUUGUUGCACGAGUUACUGGGCCAAACUGUGCCAAAUUGGCAGCAGCCACAGCAGCAGCAGCAACAGCAGCAGGAGCAGCCACACCAGCAGCAGCAGCAACACUACCAACAGCAGCAACCAAAAUGGCAGCAACAACAGGCCAAAAAUCAACCGCAACAAGAACAGGGGCAACACUUUUUUGUUUAUGAAAACGCCGUGGGUCAACCACCUCAAAUAUUGGCCGGGUUCAAUGGCGUCAAUGUGCAACCUGAACAACCAGGCCAGCAACUGCGCCUCCAGCCAAAGCCAAUUCAGACGGCACAACAAUAUGGAGGAGUCGGGCCAAAAGUCGUUAAGGCGCCGCCAGCCGCAGCUGCAGCCGUUUGGGCGCCACGAGUCGAGAGCCACCCGCCCCCAUCCCCAUCUGCGGCAACUGCAGCGCCAGCAAGUUGCCAACUCGGCAGCAAUCCGUCGGAAGUUGCCGCUCCUGCCAGCCCCACUGCCACGCCCCCCGCGCUGUGUCCGCCUCCAUCGGGUGGCCAGGAGACGAUCCCCUUGCUCAGUGCCACGGCGCUCAAGGCGACAGCUGGUUAAGUUUUUAAUUAAAUCGCUGGCAUAAUUAAUAAAGAUGCGCAUAGAGAGUC